UCAGUUUGUCAUCUGUCACGUUAGAUGUCAGUCGUAUCAGCAGUCAGUUAUCCUCUGAAUUCGAGAACGCGUGAUUGUUUAACGUCGAUAUUAACCGCAUUGUGAGGAAGUUGUUUUAAAUAAUAAGUGAAAAUAAACGAAAUAUAAGCCGGUAUAAUCAUGAAUGUAUUUCUGGCGAUAGCUUUGACUAUACUGUCAUGUAUAGUAAUACAAUUUAUUUACAAAAUCAUCUUCGGAAGCAAAGAUGAAUCGCAAAAGCAUGAAACUGAAAAUGAUAUAGCAGAUCCAGUCGCGUCAACGGAAAAUGCGUCGAACGAAACGCGUCCAAGCGGUAAAAAUAAGAAGCGCGCUACAUGGAAACCCAAGACGGAUUUCUCGCAUCCAUGGCUAAUGAAAAACCUCAAGGGGCACCCGGGGAACGUGCUUAUGGUGGACUUCUCUGCGAACGGGAAGUACAUGGCUGCUACAUGUGAUGAUGGAUCGGUGAUUCUAUGGGACGUACGUGACUUAAGUCACAGGGACCACAGGAAUCUACGGGUCAAUAUUGAAUUUGACUAUGCGUCGCACAUUGCCUGGAGCCCAGACUCGAGGGGUUUCGUCGUGCAUACCGUAAGGGAGAACCACAUUAUGGGUUAUAAGGUGGAGAAGAAGAAAGAUCUGAUUGCCUCCGCCACGCAGGCUAUCACGUUCGAUAAGGUCCACAACGAGGAAGUAGUUGGCUUCGGGAUAUCGAGCAACGGCAAAUUCAUGAUGUCCUGCUCCAGUAAAACGGACAUGAUCAUAUACGACCUGAAGGGCCAAAUCCUCGAGCGGCUGGACACGUAUCUCAUGAACACGCACAUGGCAAAAAUAUCGCCGUGCGGCCGCUUCGUCGUCGCCACCGGCUUCUCGCCGGACGUGAAAGUUAUGGAGGUCUGCUUCUCGAAGAACGGCGACUUCAAGCAAGUGGUCAAAGCGUUCGAGCUGACCGGCCACAGCUCGGGGGUGUACGACGUCGCGUUCACGCCGGACACGUCGCACAUUGCCACCGUUUCGAAGGACGGCACGUGGAAGCUUUACCACACGAGCAUAAACUACACCCGCGGCGAGUCCCCGCACGUGCUGGAGACGGGGAUAUACCCACCGGCGGCGACUCCCCGCAUCGCGCUCGCGCCCAACGCGGAGGUGCUCGCAGUCGCGUGCGACACCACCGUGUACUUCUACGACACGUACACGGGGAAACUGUACGACAGGGUCGAGAAUCUGUAUAAUAGUCCAAUAAACUUCAUAAGUUUCGACGCGUCAGGUAAGUACCUAUUCGUAUGCGGCGAACGCAUAGUGCGCGUCCUGCAUAACGUGUGCGGCUACUUCACUACCAUAGCCACCUGUACGAGGCUGCUGGGAGCCAAACAGACAUCUGCUACGGUUGAGAGGUUGAAUAAGACCAUACAGGAGUGCAGGGCAACGCUGGCUAAGUUUAAUAAAUUGUAAAAUAUCUUUUAACUGAGUAAAGAUGAGAUGGUGUUACUUUUAAGUUGGAACUAUUUAAAAAAUUAAGUAGUAAGUUCCAUAAUGUAUGUUUUGAGUUGGAUAACGUUCAGUUUAAUUAAUUUGGUCGCAAUUAAAUAUAAUGCGUCUAAAUUAAAAGGGCUCAUAUUUGAUAUGAAAAGUUUAAAAUUAUUUACGUUUUUUUUUAAAGUCAUUUAAAGUUAGUGUAUGCCGUUUGCAUUUAUAAAUCCCGAAUUAAUUAGAUGAUUCAAGUGGAUAAAGACAAAUUAUAUUGGAGUAUUUAUUGAUAAAAUGUAUUUACUAUUUAGUGUUUUUGUGGCUGAAAAUGUGUGUCAAUUUGCCAAACAUAUUGUUAAACGGAAGUCCUUCUCAAUGUCUGUAGUAUUUCUCAAUGAUAUGGACAGAAUCGUAUUUAAUAAGUUCAGGUAACACAUAAAAAGGGAUGCAUUUUCACACUUUCGAUUAACAACAUGUCGCUCGUGUGUAAAAAGUUAAAAUAAGCAUUUGUUAUCAUUAGAUUCGUAUAACUUGCAUUUAUUAUGAUUAAAUAUACAAAAUACAGUAGGCGCUAUUAUGUCAAACUUUACAAAUUUUACAACUAAAAGUGUAUUUUUGAUGAUUUCCUAGUGAUAGAACUGUAUAUUUACUAUAAAUUUAGUUGUGUUAUAAGAACUAUUAUGUAUAAAAAGGAUAUACAAGUUUACUUCCGUAUACUUAAAGAUCUGAGAUAAAAUGAAAAUGGGACCUAAAUUUAAAAUGCGGUACAUUUAAAAUAUACAUACAUUUGAAUUUUACAUCCCGUACCACUCAUGUGAAAGUCUGAACUUGUUUGUUUUGUUAAUUUAGAAAAAAAGGAAAAACAACGUAUUUAAAUUAGUAAAAUCAUUACCACUGAUUAAAUGUACAAGCUUUCAUGUGUUAUGAAACAUAGGAAUUUCUAUACUAAAAUACUGUUUAAUUUCGAAUGUUUAAAUAUUAAUUUUUUUAGUUUACGACACUAUAUGAAUAGUUCCUAUGGUACUUCAAUGUAAGCUCUGAUUACAAUUCUACUUUUACUUGGAACUGAAUUUAUGCUAUUUUCUAUACGGUUAGAUGUUAUUAUUUUUAAUAACGAUAUUUCCGAAAAUUUAAAAGAAUAAUUAUUAAGUGAUAAGAUUGUAUGAACGUCGAUCUCCUGAUUACUUAUAAUAAAAAGUGAGAAGUA